CCUUCUCUCUGCGCUCUCUUUAAAUACGUGAACUCUCGCAUUGUCCCCAUCAUUUCCUAGUAGAAAAAAAUCCACUAAAAUUUAUUUUUCCAAAUAGUUUUAGUGUAAUGAUAACGUCGAAAGUGUUUCUGGCGGCCUCUGCUGGCCCAUCAAAAGUUUUUCAAAAAAUGACGGAACCAAAUUUGUGCCGAAAAUUGGUAAAGUUUGAGACGGAAAGCGGGAAGAAAGUGGAGCUGGAUGCGGUUUAUGAGGACUCCCUUACUUCCGGCUCACCAUUUGGUACUGUAGUUGCUUUCCACGGCUCCCCUGGGUCUCACAACGAUUUCAAGUACAUUCGGAGCAAGCUGGAUGACUUAAAAAUUAGAUUCAUUGGAGUCAAUUAUCCAGGCUUCACGUUUACAAAUGAGUACCCCGACCAAAAACAUAUCAACAUCGAACGGCAAAACUAUUCGAAUGCACUGCUGGAUGAGCUAGGCAUCGAUGGAAAAAUGGCGUACAUCGGUCACAGUCGUGGAUGUGAGAAUGCUCUUCAGACGGCUGUGGCUCGAGAUGCUCACGGAAUUGUGCUCAUCAAUCCGACUGGUCUGAGGAUUCAUAAGGGAAUCAACCCGAUUUCUAGAAUGACAACUGUGGAUUCAAUUUAUAAAAUGCUACCAUUAUUCCUCGGAAAUGCCAUGAUGUUGGGCGUAUAUAAAGCUUUUGGAUUCAAAAUCACUACUGGCGAGGAGGCCGUCAACUCGAUGAGAUCUAUGAUAAAUGUCUCGUUGGGAGGACAACUUGAGUUUAUUGAAAAGACAAACGAUAUGAAUGUCAAAAAACUGAUUGUUUUCGCCGGAAAAGAUCACCUCGUCGAGGAGGAAAUUGUUUUUGAGACGCUCGAGAAGCAUGAAGGAUUGCAGCAUUUUAACAUUGACAAAGAGAUCUCAGAAGCCGAGAGACUGAAAAUCCUUGAUUCCUUUACGGGGACUCAACGUGGAGCUUCGGUUUUCGUCGCGCAGGACAAUCAUUUUCAGAACAAAUCGAGAGCCGGCCUGGUAGCUGAGGCUUGUAAAGCCAUGUUUGAAAAUGAGAAAACGAGUAGAAAUAAAUUGUGAAUCAUGUAAUGAAGACUUAGAAGUGAUUUUUUGAAUUUUUUGUGUAUUAAAAAAAAAACUAAAAGUGAUUUUUUGCAAGUUUUGAAAGUUUUUUCCCGAAAAUAAAGUUUAUUCAGGGGUG